ACGCAGGGAAGGAAGGAAGGAGUGGAAGAGGACAGCGACUAGAGGAGAGAGGAGUGUGUGUGGUGUGUGUGGAGUGUGUGUGGUGGGCUCCGCAGCAUGUCGGCGGAGCGCCCCGUGGCUGCCGGUGGCGUCGUCGGUGCCAGAGCCGGCCGCAGCCCCAGCGCUGAGCCAGACCCCAAGCCCGUCCCCGUCCCGAGCCCCAGUGCAAGUUCCGGGGCUUCGGUGCGGUCCAUCGGGGCGGAGGGCCUGGUGUCGCUGCUGGAGGGCGGUCUGGACCGCGUGCUGCUGAUCGACAGCCGGCCCUUCGUGGACUACAACGCCUCGCACAUCCUGGAGGCGGUCAACGUCAACUGCUCCAAGCUGAUGAAGCGCCGGCUGCAGCAGGACAAGGUCCAGAUCAACGAGCUGCUGCAGCACUCCGCCAAGAAGAAGUUGGAGCUGCAAGGUGGACAGGAAGUGGUUGUAUAUGACCAGAGCUCCUCUGAUCCCACCUCUUUGUCAUCGGAGGCCUUCCUCAGUGUCCUAUUGGCCAAGCUGGAGAAGAGUUUCCCAUCUGUCCAUCUCCUCUCAGGCGGUUUUCUGGAGUUCUCCCACCUGUUCCCGGGGCUGUGUGAGGGGAAGUCUGCCCUGGUACCGUCCUGCAUUUCUCAGCCAUGUCUGCCCGUGAUGAACGUGGGGCCCACCCGCAUCCUCCCCCACCUCUACCUGGGCUGCCAGCGGGACGUCCUCAACAAGGAACUGAUGCAGCAGAAUGACAUCGCAUACGUUCUCAACGCCAGCAACACCUGCCCCAAACCAGACUUCAUCCCGGAGUCCCAUUUCCUGCGUGUGCCUGUCAACGACAGCUUUUGCGAGAAGAUUCUCCCCUGGUUGGAUAAGUCGGUGGAGUUCAUUGAGAAAGCGAAGGCCUGCAAUGCCAGAGUUCUGGUCCACUGCCUGGCUGGAAUCUCUCGCUCGGCGACCAUCGCCAUCGCUUACAUCAUGAAGAGGAUGGACAUGUCUCUGGACGAGGCUUACAGGUUUGUGAAGGAGAAGAGGCCCACCAUCUCGCCCAACUUCAACUUCCUGGGUCAACUGCUGGACUUUGAGAAGAAGAUUAAGAGUCCCACGGACAGCGUGGUCAAGCCCACUGCCUCCAGCUCCACAUCCGUCUUCGUCCCCUCCGAGGAGGACGCUGCGUCCGAGGCUGCUGAGGAGCUCAGUGAGGACCGUGUCCCCCCCUGUCCCGCCGCCGCUACAGAUGUCGGUGUGUCCGGCGCCGCAGUGGACGGCGACAGCCCAGCGGAGGCGCCCCUGAUGCUGCCGUGUGUGCUGGCCGGCGUCCCCGAGGAGCAGCAUCUCCUGGCCCAGGCGCUGUGCAGCCUGCAGCUGGCCGACGGCGUGGAGGAGAGUGCCCGGCUCAAGCGAUCCUUCUCCCUGGACAUCAAGUCGUACGGGGAGACCAGCUCUGCUGCUGGUGGUGGCGGCGUUGGUGGUGUCGGUGGUGGUGGAGGCGGUGGUGUGGGUGGAGGCUCUGGCAGCCUUCGAGGGUUCUCAGUGCACGGCGGCAGCAGCGGUGGGGACGGCCCCGAGGGCUACUACAAGCCGUCGGGCUUCAAGGAGCCGGCCAGCAAGCCCUGCCAGUUCUCCCCGGUGGAGGAGGUGUCGGAGCAGUCCACGCCAGAGCAGAGUCCGGACAAAGAGCAGGCCGACGUGCCCGCAGCACCGGCCACAAACAUCAGCUCCAUCAGCUCCAUCAGCUGCACCAUCAGCAGCAGCAGCAGCAGCAGCAAAGCUGCCCCUAAACAGCCCAAACCCCCUCUUGCCUCUGCAUCGAGCUCCCAGCAGCCUUUGCAGCGUAGCGGCAGCAUGGAGGCAAGCCCCAGUGCCAAUGCUAGUGCCAGUGCCGCCAGCUUCCUGUACGGCCUGUCGCGGAGCCAGCAGCACCUGGCCAAGGUGUCGGCCGGGCACGGCAGCCACGGGCACAGCGCCACCCUCAAGGGCUGGCACUCGGACAUCCUCCUGGGCCCCGUGGCCGUGUCCUCGUCCUCGCUGGCGGGCGGCUGGUACCUCUCCCAUGAGUCUGCGGCGCGCUUCUACUCCACGUCGGCCAUCUUCAGCGCAGCUGCGUACGGUUGCGGCGGGGGCGUGGGGCCCGGUCUGGAGUCAGUGCGGAGGCGCGGACGUCAGCGGAGCGGCGACCGGGGCGACUCGCGUCGCUCGUGGCACGAGGAGAGCACUUUCGAGAAGCAGCUCAAACGCCGCUCCUGCCAGAUGGAGUUCGGCGACGGCAUGUCCGAGAGCCGCUCACGCGAGGAGCUCGUCAAAGUCGGCAGCCAGUCCAGCUUCUCCGGGAGCAUGGAGAUCAUCGAGGUGUCCUGAGACGAGGCUCGCUGCUUCGGUCGGCUGGGCUAGAGUCGGGGUUGGGUUGGGUUUGGGGUGGAGCAUUGUGGUCGUUGGGUUGUGCAUUUAGCCGCACAAACUGGUCCCACAAACGAGGCCUCUGAAAGGGAAGAAACUGGUGUCGCAUGAUCUGGCGCUAUUUGCGUUUCGUGAGCCGUUUUCUCGAGUUGGUAUUUUCAAGUGAAGUGGCUAAAUAAUUUUGCAUAGUGGAGAGAUUUAUUUUUUUCUCUUUUUAAAAAAAAAAACUGACUGGUUUUUGUAAUGGCCUUUUAAUAAUCUACAUAAGAACUUGCACCUAAAAAGAGCUGCACAUCACAGAAUGUCGAAAAGAGGAUUCAUACAAAUGUGUUUUAGAUUUCUUUUCUUUUUUUCCAUAGUUGUUUGUUUUAACUGAGGACUGAGCCUGAUGUUUGUCUGUGGAUGAGUGUUGCUCAUAUCUUUCGUUCUUCAAUUUCUGGAUAGUUUAUUCAACCCCACAUUUUUUGUCAGACACUCUUACUCAAUCUUGGAGCCUGAAUCGAAGCAUGAAUGAAUGAAGUUGAAACUAGACAUGUUUUGGUUUUUCUUUCACUCUUUUUUAAAAAUGUUUGUUUCCUGAUUCUCUCCCAGGGGUGCCGAAGUAGCAAUGAUCCAGUACCUCACCAAUCCAAAUCAAGGGGUUUCGUUUUUUUUUUUUUUUUCAUAUUGUUUUCUUUUCUUUUUCUCCUCUUCUUUAUUCUUAUAUUUUAAUGUGUAGUUCAUUGAAAAUUACAAUCUCAGGUUUUCUAUUGAGCAGUAGGAACAAAUCCGAAUGAAGAGAUCCCCAACGAAGGUGGUGGUGGUGGCGGCGAGUGAUUUGUGUUUUGUGUUUGUUUUCUUUCUUCUGAGGUAAUGGAUUUUGAAAAUGGUUUGCUGAAAUGAAAUGCCUGUAUAGAAAGCUUUUAAAACUUCCUUCCUUUUUUCAGCUGAUCCUAGAUCAGCAAGCCUACAAAGGACAAGUUAAAAAAGAGGUCUCUCUCCAGAGGAGUGCUUGAAUGUGGAUCAGUGUUUUUUUUUAAAGGGAGAAGGUGGGAAAAAAAGAGGUAAAAUAAGACUGGUGUGUUCUCACCCGUCUUGCACAGGCAGAAAGAGGUUGGUUUAGUAAGUGGUUUAGUAGAGAGAAAGAGAGAAAGCAGGGAACUCUUGUUCAAAGAUAUCUCGUUGUAGUGCAACUUCAGGUGUGUACUUUAUGGCAUCAGUGCGGAUGGCUAUGUAUUGUUGUCUGACACGAACCUCAUGCAGAGAGAAUCUGGAGUGUUGAUCGCAGUGUGUGUCACUCUUUGCAGUCAUCUUCGCAUAACAAUUAUUGCACUAUCGUGGUUUGAGAAUUGUUUCUAGUCGCAGGGGGAAAGUAUUUUUUAAAAGUUAGCUUUUGAUUAUGGCAGCGUCGCGCCGCUGUUUUUGAUUGAGAAAAAAAUAAUGCUGUGCUUUUUGGAGUGACUGUGCAUUUCCUGUUGGUUUAUAGCAGGGAAUCAAAAAAAGGACCUUCCUUUUAAUGUUACCACUAUUUGCCUUAAAUAAAUAUAAUCCGAAUUUUAUGUACUUCCUCUUGGCCAUAGAAACGAUAGGUGUUCCGUUUAAGAAAUUAUUUGAGGAAACUGAUCAUGUGGUAUUAAACAAAACAAAACAUUUUUUUUAGGGAAGAUUAUUCAGGGGAUGAUUGUCAUCAAAACAAUAGAAAUACAAACAAGCGAACCACUGAUACCACUGGCAUUUGGAGAUAAACAUCUGGAGUACUUCCCCUUUCCAUUGGGUCAGACAUAAUAAUGGUGCAAGGGAACACCACUAUCUGAGGAACAAUCAGCAAUCAAACAUGCAGUUCAAACCGAAAAGGCCUUCAUAGUGAACUCAAAUGUCCUCAAAAUUAAGUAAAUCAAGACAAAAUAGAUAAGAUAAUACUUCCCAUGUGAUUUUUUGGUGCACUGGUAUAAAGGGACAGUUGACAGAGAAAAUGUAAAUUGAUAUGACAAAUUGUUUAGAACAGAAUUCAAAACAAUUUUAAACCAGUUAAGAUCUUCAACGCCUGCUGUGUCAUGGUGUUAAUGCAUGAGUCUGUUUGGAACAGCUUUACUUAAAACCGUUGGAUUGGUAGGAACCAUUCAGAAAUAUAACAUUUUUGUAGUGGACCAACCACCUUCAACUUUUUUUCAGAAGGGACGCCGUGUCUCCUUCUAAAGUAGCUUGUUUCUCUUGUUCUCAGACCCCUUCAUCUGAACACUGAGAAAACAAACCCACUCAAUUCGAAUCAAAUCAUAAACUUCUUGAAGAUGCUAUGAAUCACAGCCACCAAAAUACCACCACACACAGGAUUCGCUUUUGAAAAGACUAUUGGUGCUGUUUGUAUAACUGAUUGAUCAAUUUCGUCAGCAGUGUUUAUUGACCAUGACUGUCCAUGGGGUAGUAUUACCUACUAAAGGCACAAGGAUCCGCAGCUGGCGUGAAGCGGCUGUUUUACACUGUAACCUAAUCAGUCGUGUUGUCGCAUCUCCCUGAGGCUACUAGAGGGCUGUUUAAGUUAUCAAGUCUACAAUGAAGGCAGUAUUAUUUCCUGCGACUGUCAAAUCCAUCACGCGAUUGACAGUUCAGCGAAUGAGAGUGAAGUUAGUUUGCCUCUCAGCUGGAUAGAGGUGGGGCUUAAGUUAUAGCAAAGGGGUCCCGGGUGUAUUGAAAAAAAACAAAACAUGUCCCUGGAUUAAGUUUUACAACUAAAUCUUAGACAUUGGUGCUUUAACAUACAUUUGAAAUGGAAGUAACAGCUAUAAAACAUCACCAUAAAAAAAAGCAGUAACAGCAACGCAAACGCUCCAAUAUUGCAUACUCCUCUUUGCAUGUUGUACCAUGACUUGAGAUGUAACGGUUGAGAAUAGCAUACACUAGAGAGGGUGGAUCUCUUUCAAUCUCCCCCAAUUUUUCCUAUUCCUGCGGGUCUAAUGUAUGUCAUUCUUUUUAUAUUACUUGUUUUAUUUAGUAGACUUGUUUUUGUAAAGAAAAGGAGGGAUUUGAAUUGAGAAGUAACAGUUCCAAUAUUCCCACACAAUUGAAGGCUUCCCCAAAGCUGUGAACAGAAGACGGGACUCCGCAGGGAUGCAAGUCGGUAUGUCUGUUUAUAUUUUUUAAAACUGUGUGUAUGUAAGUAACUGUGUAUAGACGUUUGAGGUGUGCGAAGCAGAGCAAUGCUGUUCAGGUGGACUGGUUCUCUCUCGGAAGACAAACAGCAGAUAAGACAAAACCACCAGGUAUCUUCAAGGUCACUAGGAUGGUCAGGGCAGGUGGGUGACAGAGGUGACGACUGGAACUGUUUUUUUUUUUUUGGAAGGUACAGGUCUGUUUGUAGCACAGGGUUCUAGUUGUUAGUCUAAAAGCAUCACAUCCAAAUUUCCAAUAUCUAUUGCCAAUAAAUGUAAGCAAUGAGCCAUUGAUUUUUUUGUGAUUAAUGUUAUGGAUUUAUAGAAAAGCUGACGAUACUGUACGUACGGCAUCCGGAAAAAAAACAUAGAUGGUACAGUACCUGUGUGACGUGUGCAAGGAGGCCUUUGGCAGUGUUUGAGAAUAUAGUUUGCUUUUCUUUUCAGCAGCGCAAGCAGAUCUCCAUAUUUUAUGAAGUUCAUGUGGAUGAGCAUUAGUUUGUAUGUUGACUGUCAAAAUAAAGGUUGAAACGGUACUCAACAUAAUGAGA